AUGGAAUACCAAGUGACAUCCAGUUCCCCUUGCCUUGACAUUCCACACGAGGUCAUCAGCCCGACUAUUCUACAUUUUGUGAUAUUCGGGUGGCCGCUGUCAUCCUACGCACCAUUGCGACUGUGCCAGAUCGGCCGAGGCUCACACGACAUCGUCCCCCGUCCACCUCCCGGCGUCCGACCCCCGCCAGCAUCGCGGUGGGGGCAGCAACGCGCGCUCAAGGCGGCACUGCUGGCGGCGCUGGGCGCGGCGUGCUGCAUCGCGUUUCUGCGCGCCGGCCUGCCGUUUCGCGACCAGUCCACGCACCCAGACGAGGACCCCUUUCUCCAAGUAAUUGUUCCUCCCCUACCCUCGUCUGCGCGCAACCCUCUAUGUUUCCAUCUCAUUCCCCUCCCCUCCUCCCGUUCCAUGUGCAACGCUCUCCCCGCUCUGCCCCUCCCUCCUCACUCAGCCGCACAUCUGCCCCUUUCUGCCCCACCUCCUCCCCGUUGCCUCAACUCUCCCUUCUGUUCCUCUCGUCCCUCUGCGCCCGUUAUCGUGACGACAGGCAGACGAGGGCGGUCAGGUGGGAGGUGUGGAGGAGGAUGGGUGGCCGGUGAUGGGCGGGGUGAGUUGGAGGGGGUGUGCGGGAGAAGCCGCCGCACUGCCAGCUGCCAUGGGUGGGUCAUUCGUGACGGCUGUGUGUUUGCUGUAUUCCCCUCUUCUCUCCCGACGCUCGCCCUCUUUUCCGUGUUCGCUCCAAGCACCUCCUUCCGCUCAUGCAUGCUUCCCCGUGCUAACCUGCCCUGCAUUUGCUCUGCUGUGUGCGCAGCAGGCAGAGGCGGGGAGGAGCAGGGGAGCUUUCUGCUGGUGCAGCUCGCAGGGGGGCUCAACCAGAUGCGCGCAGGGAUCUGUGACGCGGUGGUGGUGGCGAAGCUGCUGGGGGCGUCGCUCAUGCUGCCGCAGCUGGAUAACUCCUCCUGGUGGGCCGACGGCAGCACAUUCGCGGACGUGUUUGACGCGGGGCACUUUGCGAGGGCGCUGGCCCCGUGGGUGCGAGUGGUGGACCGCCUGCCCUCCGCGCUCAGACACCGCCCCGCACUUGAGCGCACCGUGCCACGCGGGUCCACCGCCGAGUACUACGAGACACAUGUCAGGCCGAUGAUCAGAAAGGCGCAGGUGCUGAAGCUGAACCAUUUCGAUUCGAGGCUGCAUGACCAACUACCGUUGGACCUGCAGAAGCUGCGCUGCAUGGCAAACUACGAGGCGCUGCGCUUCGUGCCGGCGGUCACUCAAGCUGUCACACGCCUCACCCACGCGCUCACCCACCCCUCCGCCACCACCGCGUCCACUGCCCUCCACACUGCAAAGCAUGCUGCUCAGGCCGGCGGUGCUGCCGUGGCUGCUGCAGCAGCAGCUCAAGGCGCACAAGGGCAGGGGGGAGAGAGGGAGCAGGUGGAGGGAGGGAUGCAGGCGAAGGGGAGUGGCAAGGCGGUCAAGUAUGUGGCGAUUCAUCUGAGGUACGAGCCGGACAUGCUGGCGUUCACGGGGUGCGAGUACGAGGGGGGCGCGGAGGAGAAGGCAGUGUUUGAGUCCAUCCGACAGCGCUGGGCCAACCUGCCCGCCAUGGACGCUGAGAAGCAGAGGGCCAAGGGCAUGUGCAUCGUCACCCCCUCCCAGGUGGCAGUGGCCCUGCAAGCGCUGGGCUUGCCACCAUCCACGCGCGUGUACAUUGCGUCGGGGGCGCUGCACGGUGGGCCGGCAGCGUUGCAGCCGCUGCUGCGCGCCUUCCCCUUCACCACGGACAAGCACUCCCUCGCACACUCCCACGCCAUGGCCCACGCCCACACACGGGGGCGGGAUGACGACGAGGAUGAGGGGGAUGAGGCGUGGGGCGGGGGAGAGGGCGGGGGUGGGAAAGGAGGGGUGGGUGCGGAGGGCGGAGGGGCGUUGGCAGGGGUGGAGGGGCGGAAGACGCUGCUGGCAGCGGUGGACUAUGAGAUGUGUCGGGGGGCGGCGCUGCUCGUCACUAACAACAAGGGCAACAUGGCCCACCUGCUAGCGGGCCACAGAAGGUACAAUGGUGUGGGUGGCACGGUGCACCUCUUUGGCUCCUCCAUCCACCGCCUCCUCGCUGCCAUCCAACAAGGGGAUCACGAGGCUUCUCAGAAGCUUCGCAAUCGGCUGCUCAAGGGCGACCUUAGCACUCAGACGGAGAGCAAUGAGAAGGCUGCAGCGAAAGGAGGGUUUUACGCUUUUCCACGGGAUUGUUUGUGUGAAGUCUGA